AUGACAUCAUCUUUUCUCAUAUCACCUUCGCCACCAACAGGAAAUAAUCGUCGUAUUGAACUAGCUGGUAUCGAUUUAUUGAUUCUGGCACGUAUUGAUAAUGUAUUUGUUUAUCCUUCGGAAAUAAAUAUUGAUAAAUUUAAAGAAGCACUUAGUCGAACUCUUUCUCUGUGGCCAUUUGUGGCUGGUCGUAUUCUGUUAGAGAAUAGUCAACAUUAUAUCAUUGAAAUGUGUGAUAAUCCUAUUCCAAUAACAUUCGUUGUUAAUAAUAAUUUGAAAGAAUGGCCUCUAGAUUCUAAUGUUUUAGUAGAUUUAAAUGAGAAACACUUACCAACAUUUAUUGAUGAAGUUCAAGUAACAAAACUAUUUAAUGAUUCAUCUGAUGAACCACUUGUUCGAUUCAAAUUAACUCAUAUUGUACAAAGUGAUGAAUGGGUCUUAGGUAUUAGUUGGUAUCAUCCAUUAGGUGAUGCAGCUUCAUGCUUGCAUUUUUCUAAUACAUUAUCACGAUUUUAUCAACAAAUGGAACCAACAAAACCAUUACCUAUAUUUGAACGACGUUUAUGGAGAGAAGAUGAAGCUAAUCCAUUAGUUUUACCGAUACCAAAGCAGGUGCGAGAAGCUCAACCCACAGAAGAAGUUUUAAAAAUUUUUUUAGCUGAUCAACUAAAUUAUGAUCAAGUAAAUCUCCACUUUUCUGGUGACCAACUUGCUACAUUACGAAAAUUGGCUGGUGGAGAUAGUGUAACAAUACAAGAUGCACUUACAGCUUAUAUUAUUUUGACACUUAAUACAUAUUGUUAUAAUAACAAUGAUGAACGUCGUAUUUUACGUACAAAUACAGCUAUUAAUUUUCGUGGCAUUUCUGAUUCGAUUGCUCCACAAGGUCAAGUUGCUAAUGCUGUUUACUCGAUGUUAUCCGAUAGUUUCGAAGAUCCAUAUUCAUUAUCAAAUAUUGCCAAGACAAUACGUCAAUCGAUUAUUCAAUUACGUGAUUCUAAAUUUCUUGAAGCUGGACUAGCUGCCGUCGAUGUAUUAAUGAGAAAUAAUGUUAGAAAUAAUAAAUUGCCGGAUUUACGACUUGUUCCAAAUGAAUUUGUUGUAAAUUCAAAUCACAGAUAUGAUUGGGCAAGUUUAGUUGACUUCGGUUAUACAGAUAGGUGCCGAUUUUAUACGGUUUGGACAGGUGCAUUAUAUUUACGUGCAUUUCGUCUCAAUCCAGAAAAAGAUGGAAACAAAUGGUUACCAAGAGAUCGAGAUGGAGCUGAAAUAGCGUUUCGAAUGGAAAAAGAUUUGAAAGACAAGUUUAUUAAUGCCUGGAAACGAGACAUUACUGAUAAUUUUAAAAGUGUAAAAUAA